CGUGGAUAGGGUAGGAUGGGAUAGGAUACCCCUCCUAUCUUUCGCUGCUGCCGGUGAGUUGUUGUAGCUAGCAAUAGCAUUAUCCAUCUCCUCUUUCCUUGCCCCCCAGCCCCAAGCAUCUGCGUUCUUCCACCCGUCGGAGAAGAGAGAGAUUGAAGCCAUGGCGGCCGCCGCCGCAGCAAUUCCCGCUGCCGCCAUCAGCCUUCCCAACCACCGCGUCUCGCUGGCUCCCAGUCCCAGUCCCAGGCCUUGCUCUUCCCUCCGCUCGGGCUUCCUGGGGCGCGCGCUGGCCGCUCAGCCGGUGGCCGUUGUUGUUGUCCCGCGCCGCGGCGGCGUGGGCGUGUCGGUGCGGAUGGCGUGGGACGGGCCGCUCUCCUCGGUGCGCCUCAUCAUGCAGGGCAGGAACGUCAAGGUGUCGGAGAAGGUGAAGGAGCACAUCGAGGACAAGGUCGGUCGGGCCGUGUCGAAGCACUGCCACCUGGUCCGCGAGGUGGACGUCCGUCUGUCUGCCCGCGGCGGCGACCUGGGCAGGGGCCCCAAGACCUCCCGCUGCGAGAUCACGCUCUUCAGCAAGCGCCACGGCGUCCUCCGCGCCGAGGAGGACGCCGAGUCCACCUACGCCAGCAUCGACAUGGCCGCCUCCAUCAUCAAGCGCAAGCUCCGCAAGAUCAAGGAGAAGGAGACGGACGUGCGCGCGCGCCACAUCAUCAAGGAGUGGGAUGAGUCGGAUGCCGGCGCCGGCCUUCUUUCGGAUGCCAUUGCCGACGAUGAGCAAGAAGAAGAAGACGACCAGGCGGCCGAGCAGGACCUGACGGAGGCCGUGGGAGCCGAGGAUGAGGACACGGUGCUCGCCAAGGUGGUGCGCACCAAGGUGUUCGAGAUGCCGCCGCUGGGCGUGGACGAGGCGCUGGAGCAGCUGGAGAACGUGGACCACGACUUCUACGCGUUCAGGAACGAGGAGACCGGCGAGGUGAACAUCCUGUACAAGAGGAAGGAGGGCGGCUACGGCAUCAUCAUCCCCAAGGAGGACGAGGACGGCCACGUCCACAAGGAGACCAUUACUGCAUUACCAGCAGCAGCAGGAGAGCCCUCCUACGCCGCCGUGCGCCGGGGCGACACCAGCUAGCCAAGCCAUGCCACUAUGCCAGCAGUUGCCUGGCAAACUCGUCGACGAUACAAUUGCCAGCAAUGUCAUCGAUCUCACUCGUCCUGUGUCACGUUUGUAACUCUGCACGCGAUGAGUAGCAUGCCUGGUAGGUAGUACGCACCUUGAGUUUGUACUUUGUACACGUGCCGUGACAACGAGGUUGGCCUUAAUCUGUACUACCAAUUUGCUGAUAUAUAUAAUAAGAGAUCGACGAAGAAGCCCAUGUAGGUAUA